AUGUUGAGAGGAAAAUCUUUGUACAUGUGUUGUAUCAUUACGUCGUGAUAUCACCAAAGAGACAUCAUGACGUCAUGUUAUUGCACGAACUGUACCUAAUAUUUGGAACAGUACCAGCUUGUGAUAUUUCAAAAUUGUUCAAACAACAGCUGUUGAAACAGGUCGUGUUAGAAGGUGUCAAGAUAUCAAAGAUAUCAAGAUAUCGUGAUGUCAUGAUUUUAUAAUAUCAUGAUAUCAAGCAGAUACCACAAUCAUGAUAUCUACUUUUGAACGUGAUGGCCCGCCAUAAAGGCGUGCAAGAUGCGUAAUCGAUUUAUUUCCUUUAGUCUUACAUAAACAAUUCAGUAAGUAAACGAUCAUACAUUUUCCUCAUGCAAAAAUUUAGGUUUGCGUAAUUGCGGUAAAGUAUACAACUCAAGAUGGAAAUAUUCCAACCAAUUUAAUCCGGUUCACUUAUAGGGUGCCUGGCUGUUUAGAAAAGCAUAAAUACAGUAGAGUUUAUUUUCUAAGGAACUUGACAAUUUUACGCAAACAGUUGAGCAUUGAAUGAUACCGUAGCAUUGCCCACACAGAUGUGGACAGGGUUAAGACAGUGAGUAGCUCUCAUAAGAUUAUAGAGUUAUACGGUAUAGCGAUAGUAAGAGUAAGUAAGUACUUACUAUCAGAUACUGGAUAUGAUAUUUGAGUUAGAUACUUACACCGUCCUACAUCGGUUUGCACGUGUGUGCUUGCAAUUGUUGUUUUGGAAUAAUUCUGAUUUAUUUGCUGGGUAACACAAUUUAGCGGACUUGGUGUUAAAGACGUGUCGUUCAGUGAAAUGCCCUAUGAUCGUUUAAUUUUUAAAAAAAAAUCCAUUGUGUGUAUUAUACUUUGAGGGAGUUAUUGUAUUGUCUCUAGCAUCAUUUUUAUUCUACAUGUGUAUAGUUGUGAAUGAUAUUUAUUUAAUAUUCCUUCUUUAAGAAGAGAAUAUUCUCUACAUUCACCGUGGCAAAAAUGAAAUUUAAGGCUGACUUAAAUACUGACGGGAUGUACAGUCGGGGGAAGCCAGACUACAUGAUAACAGAGACUAUCGUAAAUAUCUGUACGACAUUUACAUGAUUGUCAAAGGAAAUCUAAGUAAGCAAUCUAAUUAGUCCAGGGCCCCUCUGGAUAUCAGCCUCGUCGCUAAAUGGGCCACCCUGGCUGAAUGAAGUUUACCUUUACCUUUACCUGAGCACAGAUCUAGAACAAAGGGAACGAUUUCAUAAUCUCUGCCACUCUGGGAGAAGGCUUUCUUUCUGAGAAUAUACUGAGCCCCUGCACGUCCAAGAACUUCUUGACACCGGAGUGACUAGGAUCAUGGGCAGCAAUACGCCACUUAUUCCAGCGGAGAGCCCUAGCGGAUCAAUGGCAAAGAUGCAAGUAAACAUUGAGAUGGACCAUGUAACCAAGGAAGAGGAUCAUCCAAAACUUAGAUUUGUACAGCCCAAUAGGAAAGUAGGAAACGAUAAUGGCGACGGGGUCAGCGACAGCGACGACGACAGCGUCGGCGAUGACAAGGGCAAUGAUGAUAACAAUGGCAAAGGCGACGUCGACGGUGAUGGUGACGAUGAUGGCAACAGGAAUGGUCAUGCCAAUGCUCAUGGCAAUGCAAAGGAAAGUCUAAUAAAAAUCAUAGAAAGAGGAAAUGUUGAUGAGAUCAAACAGGAACUGACACCAAAAGCUAUGGCAAAGUGUGGCAGAAACGCGCUACUUGUUGCAAUGGAGGUAUGUCGAGGGAAUUUAUCACAAUGUAUGGAUAUGAACAGCAAACUUACUUUUAGUUUUACAUACAGCGAUCUUUGUGUAGAAUAACCAUUUUCAACCGAACCGUUUUUAACCCAUGCAUUUACCUGGGCCGGACUGUUGAAAGCCCGGUUAAGCUUACUUAGGAUUAGAGAGAAAUUUGAUUUCAGUUCUUUAACUUUUCGUUGAGGUUUUCUCCAUGUCUAUUUUGUUUGUCCUUCAUUUUUGAGCUUGAGUAAUCUUACGCUAGACAAACCGUAAAAAAUGAAACACAGUUUUAUUUAAGACAAAUCACUACUACCUGAGUUAGUGUUAACCAGCUUUCGAACAAUUCGGCCGCGGGUGAAGAGAGACGUACCGUGUGAUUUGGAGUGAAGUGUGUUACACGGGACGAUUAUCCCGAUCGGAGCACGAACCCACGGAACCGCUCGAUCCGGUAGUCAACGCUCCUCCACUGUACAAAUAAUACAGUGUAAAACACUUUGAAUGCUUAAUUAUGAGGAAAGACGAUGGUGCUUCCAAAAACAGCUGAAUCCAAGGAUGUGAAUAAGCAUGCUAAAUUGUACAACUUUGAGUAACCGAACUUUUUUGACGAUCAAUUUUGAAUUCGCUAAUACUCGUAUACAGGCCCUCAAAUGAUCCCGGCCCGCAAAUGACCCCCAAAUUGUACGGCAAAUGAUCCCAGGACUGAAACUUAUUCCACCGCAAAAAGUUAGGAAUGAGGUGGACUCCAUGAAAAGUCUAUG